AGGGCGGAAGUCGGCGGACAGGGUGCAGAUAAACCUUCUUUGGCAGCGUCCUGAAGCGUUGGCGCAGUGGAAAGAGACCCCGUCAGACGGAGGAGAGGAUGAGGUUCUGCAGCUCACUGCAGGUUUAUUUCAUCACGUUCCGUGUGGCCGAGGUCUGCAUGUAGGAGCGGGAGCUCCCUCACAGGGAUGUCUGAAGAUGCUGAAUGAGGAGGAAGAGGAGGACGGAGCUGACUCUCUGUCCAUGAAGAGUGGCCGAUCCAAAGAUGUUCCUCUCGUCUACGGGACUGAACCUGGAGCCUCAGACUCAAAAGGUCAGAAAGUGAGACACAGAGCAGAGUGUUCAGCAUCCAGCAGGUCGUCUCUGAAAAGAGAUCGGCCCCAAGAUCGUCCAGCAGACUUCAGUGGUGAAAGCGGACCUUCAGGCUCAAAAGAGAAGAGGACGAGUGAUGUGGGACACCAGGCCUGCAGACAGUGCAGCAGCUCACACUGGGACCAGGGUUCUUCAUCAGGAGCCUCCGGCUGUCCUCAGUGUGCAGAAAGAUCUGGAAGAAGAGCUGCUCAGAGUGUGGGUCUGCAGCAGCUUCUCCAAGAGCAUAAGAAGAGUCUGAGGAGGAGAUGUGAACGUGUGACUGAAGGCAGUGAUGCAGCAGGAGGAGGAAGGCCUCUCAGCAGGAUCUACACUGAGCUCCACAUCACAGAGGGACUCAGUGAGGAGCUUCAGAGGGAGCCGGAGCUGAAGCAGCUGGAGACGGCUUCCAGGAAGGAGAGCCUCCGUCACACUGCCAUCAGGGUUCAGGACAUCUUCAGAGCCUCGGCCCAGCAGCACACACACAUCCGAGUGGUUGUGACCAGCGGCGUGGCCGGCAGCGGAAAAACCUUCUUGGUGCACAAGUUCAGUCUGGACUGGGCCGAGGGCCUGGAGAACCAGGAUGUGGGGGUGCUGGUGGUGCUCUCCUUCAGGGAGCUGAACCUGCUGGGAGAGCGGCCGUACAGCCUCCUCUCGCUGCUGGCUGUUUUCCAUCCCACGCUCCAGAAGCUGACGGCAGAGGAGCUGGCCGUCUGCAAGCUGCUCUUCAUCUUUGACGGUCUGGAUGAAAGCAGACUUUCUCUGGACUUCAGCGGCAGCCGGCGGCUGCUUGACAUCUCCCAGCAGUCUUCAGUCGGCGAGCUGCUCACUAACCUCAUCCAGGGGGAUCUGCUGCCCUCGGCUCGGGUCUGGAUCACUUCCCGACCGGCGGCGGCCCAUCAGAUCCCUCCAGCAUGUGUGGACAGACUGACAGAAGUGCGAGGCUUCACUGACGCCCAGAAGGAGGAGUACUUCAGGAAGAGGCUGAGUAAAAACAAGCUGCGCAAAAGAGUCAUCUCCCACAUCCAGACCUCCAGGAGCCUCCACAUCAUGUGUGGAAUCCCAGUCUUCUGCUGGAUCACUGCCACAGUUCUGGAGCACAUGUUGAGCACAGAGCCGAGAGGAGAGCUGCCCCGGACCCUGGCUGACAUGUAUACCCACUUUACCCUGAUUCAGAUGCAGAGAAAGCAGCUCCAGCACCAUGAAGGACAUGAGACGGGUCCACAGGAGCUGACGGAGGCUGACGGCGAGCUUCUUCUGAACCUCAGCAGGAUGGAGUUUGAACAUCUGGAGGAUGGAAAGGUCACGCUCCAGCAAGUCCUAGAGCGGUGCGGCCUGGAUGUGAGCAAAGUCUCUCUGUACUCAGUUUGUACUCAGAUCCUGCUGAGCAUUCAGGAGUUUCUGGCUGCGGUCGACAUGUUCUUCUGGUUGGCCUACAAGAAGAAAUGUAUACCUCUUACCGUCCUGGCAGGGGAUGAUCACGACUUCCCUUCUCUGAACAACUUCCUGGAGAUCAUGGUGCUGAAAUGCCUCAGAAGUCAGAACGGCAUCCUGGACCUGUUUGUCCGUUUGCUUCAUGGCCUCGCUCUGAGAUCCAACUGGAGACACUUAAAAUUCCUGCUGGGUCGGACAAGGAGCAGUCCAGAAACCGUCCGGAGAGUGAUGAAGAAGCUGAAGGAGAUCAGCAGUGAUGAAACAUCUCUUGACAGCAGAAUGAAGAUCUUCCACUGUGUGACGGAGAUGGAGGAGCUGUCAGUCCAUCAGCAGAUCCAGGAGUUCCUGAAGUCGGAGAAAGUCUCCGACAGGGAAUUCCCUGACAGCCACUGCUCAGCUCUGGCCUGCAUCAUGCAGACGUACGGCCUGGUCCUGGACGAGUUUCACCUGAAGGAGUACAACGCAUCAAUAGCGGGAAGAUUGAGCCUUAUGUCAACUAUGAAGAACUGCAGAAAGGCUUUCGUUAAUGACUUUGUCCUCCCUAUUUGUCAAUAUGAAGCGAUCGCCACAGUUCUGAAGUGCGACUCCUCCCAUCUGAAACAUCUGGACCUGAAGAGCUCCUACCUGCUGGACCCGCUCACGAAUGUCCUCUGUGCUGGACUGGAGAGUCCAAACUGUAAACUGGAGACUCUGGGGUUGUUCCGCUGCAGGAUUCCAGACCCCAGCUGUCCUCCUCUUUCCACUCUGAAGUCCAACCCCUCCCUCCUGAAACACCUGAAACAUCUGGACCUGAGUUUUAACAGGCUGAACGAUUCAGCCAUUGAGCGGCUGCGUGGUGUUCUGGAGAGUCCACUCUGCGUUCUGGAGACUCUAAUUUUGAUGAGAUGCUGGUUGUCAGAGACCAGCUGCUCUUCUCUGGUCUCAGCUCUGACGUCCAACCCCUCCCUCCUCAAACAUCUGAACCUGGCUCAAAACGAGCUGCCGGAUUCAGCCGUGGAGCAGCUGUGUGGUUUGCUGCAGAAUCCACUCUGUGUUCUGGAGACUCUGGGGUUGAUUGGCUGCUUGCAGUCAGAGACCAGCUGUUGUUCCGUGACCUCAGCUCUGAAGUCCAACCCCUCCCAUCUGAAACAUCUGGAGCUGAAUGUAACCAAGCAGCUGGAUCCCAAUGUAACCAAGCAGCUGGAUCCAGCAGUUGAGCAUCUGUGUGGAUUUCUGGAGAGUCCACUCUGUCGCCUGGAGACUCUGAUGUUUAGGGCCUGUGAGAUCAGCUGUUGUUCUGUGGCCUCAGCUCUGAAGUCCAACCCCUCGUUCCUCAAACAUCUGAACCUGCGUAUGAACCAUCUGCAGGAUUCAGCAGCUGAGCAGCUGUGUGGAUUCCUGGAGAGUCCACUCUGUCGUCUGGAGACUCUGAAUUUGAACAGCUGCAAGUUGUCAGAGAUCAGCUGUUGUUCUGUGGUCUCAGCUCUGACGUCCAGCCCCUCCUUCCUGAAGCAGCUCAAACAUCUGUACCUGAAUGGGAACCGUCUGCCAGAUUCAGCAGUUGAGCAGCUGUGUGGCUUUCUGGAGAGUCCGCUCUGUAUUCUGGAGACUCUGAGUUUGGACGGCUGCUUUUUGUCAGCGAUCAGCUGUUAUUCUGUGGCCUCAGCUCUGAAGUCCAACCCCUCCCUCCUCAAACAUCUGAACUUCAGUUGCAACCAUCUGCACGAUUCAGCGUUUCAGCAGCUGUGUGGAUUUCUGCGGAGCCCACUCUGUCGUCUGGAGAGUCUGAGGUUGUUAAGCUGCGACUUGUCAAAGAUCAGCUCCUCUUCUCUGGUCUCUGCGCUCAUGUCCAACACCUCCCUCCAUCUGAAAUUUCUGGAUGUGACUGGGUUCUCCAUGUCGCGUUCAGAGAGGCUGCAGCUUUGUGAUCUUAUGGGGGGUUUUCCCCUCAGACUGUGAGGUCAGGAGACGGUUGGAGUGAGUCCACGCUGCUUUCAGCAGGUUCUGUACUCAACACAGUCACUGUCAGAACAAAGAUCCAGAUUGGACAGCAGAGGACACAGUCAGCCAAUCAGAGGAGCCACGGGCUCCGUGUGCCAGUCUGACAGUGGUGGUCCUUCAUGGAAGCUGGGGAACACUGGACCACCAAAACUGGUGGUGGGGAAGGUCAAACAUUGAUCACGUUGAUGUCGUGUUUGCUCUCUGAAGGAGUCCUGGACCUGACACUAGGUGGAGUCGCUCUCAGUGCUCCAUCUGACAUGUUUCUGUCUUCAUGUGUUUUCAUGUCAUGCUGAAUUUCCAUGUUGUGAGCACAUUUCCACAAUAAAGGGACACUUUGUGGUGAUUAUUGAUCUGUUGAUACCAUCAUCAUUGUUGCACCAUGUGAUUCACAGUUAUUCACACACCCUCAAUCAUUGUCUCCAUCUACACUUUUGUCAUUCAUUGAAAAC